AUGUCAUCCGAGGAGGGUAGUGUGAGUCAGCUCUUGAAACAACUGGCUCUGCAAGACUUUUCCUCUCGUUUUUCUGAGCGCGGAUAUGACCGUGUGUGCGAUAUUUUAUAUCUUGAAAAUGAAGAUCUUACCUCGCUUAUCCAUGAUGAAAAGCUACAAUCAAGCUACAGAGCAGCACUUCAGAAAGGUACUUGACAGUUUUGUAGGUAAAAAUUGAAUUGAGAGUCACUAAAUAUGAGCAUUUUCUAGUCUUUGCACCUGCAGUAAAUUCUUUGGCCUACUAUAUCAGUUUUAUAAAAUACUCUCAAGACAACCUCUAAUAUACUGACCUUGAAAACCAUAAACUGAACGCUGUUAUAGGCCAUUCUCAUUGGUCGAGUAAUCCUAGAAAACCCAAUUAUAUAAUACUAGUUGUCCUUGCGGAUACAAUAACGCUCCGUAUAUUCUAUCUGUUCUUUGUUAUCGGACUUAAGUGAAAUUACGAGUACACCGAGUAAGCAGCGCUGUGUCGCAUGGUCUCUGCACUCAUGCAAAUAUUAACUUGUUUUAUGAAAACAUUAUUAUGACACGUGCAUCAAAAACUAACAUCUUUUUAAAAAGUUAUUUCCGCCAACUCAACAAAUGAAUUAUACAGUAACACCUUUAUCGCUUUUAACCAGAGUAUUGCCCUACCGUGAAAUAAUGGAUUUAUUUCAAUGUUAUUGAUUUUUUUAAGGAAAUAUAUGGACAGGCAUUGUUUUAUAUGAACAAGUACUUCGAAAACUGAGAUAAUGAAAUUCACUGUGCGGCGAUGCAUGCAACACGUGUUCGACAACAAUGAUCUGGAUCGAGUUGUAUUAAUAAAUGUCAUAACAAAUGGUCGUAUGCAUUGUGACUGAUAAUCACUUUAUUCUAACUAAUUGACGCCUUUUUCACAUCGAAUAAAAUCUCGAGAAGAUUUAAAACAUGACCACUCAGCACUUCGAAACUCAUCAGACUUUUCAGCAGAUCUUGCCGCACGUCACAGAGUGGGCCGUUUCACGCUAAAUUUCGUAGAUUUAACUACAGUCUCAGUCAAAAUUGUUGGGACACUACUUUCUCCCUGUCCUCCCAAUGUUGGAGUACAAGAUUUGCUAAGUUAAAAUUGGGAGAGAGAGGAGACGAGCGAGAACGGAAAAAACAGCGUUCGAGUGGAAGUGUCCCAACUAUUUUUCUCGAAACCUGUGGCAUACAGAAUAAGGAUGGGAGAAUCCAUGGGUGAAGGGUUGUGGAGAUCGGGGGAAAUUUCAAAACAUAUUGUUCGGGAAUAUUUGAAUUGUUCACAAAAAAAAUUUAUUAUUGGCUAUGUUCGCGUUUUCCUUUUUUCGCACUCCGUUUUUUUCACAAGUUUUAAUUUUGACGAUUUUGUCUCAAGCAAAACACGGUAAUCGUGCUGAAAGUGGGUAUCGUGGACAAUUUGUAAGAGUGAGGAAUAAAGAGAGGAUGAUCUAUUUUUAAAAGCAGGCCAAUUUUUCUCCUAGUGGUAUUAUCAUACACGGAUUCUGUUUAUACUAGAGAUUAUUAGUUCUCCCAUCAUAUUGAGAAAAUGCAGACUCCUACCUUUUUGUGUCUCAUCCUACACCGAAGUGUUUUUCAGAUUGGUUUUUACUAGAGCGAGGUCUUAACUAUUCACUAACCUCUAAAGUUUGGAAAGAAUUGAAAUAAAUAAAUAAAUAAAUAAGACUUAUUCUUUCCUUACUUAAGAGAUUAGUGAGUGAAGACCUCAACCUGGUCGAAUACUCCUCGAUGAUUUUUCCUUUCAGACCCUGAACUAGUGAAAUUGUGGCUUCACUCUUUAGGACUGGAACAGUAUUUUAAUCAGUUUCAGGCCUCUGGCUUCACAAGUUUGGCCCUUUGCGCUAAAGUGAGCCUGCAGUCACUGGCUGACAUGGGCAUAGACCUUCCAGGACAUAAAAGGCGGAUUUACAGGGAAGGUAAGCAAACGACUAGGUCCUGCACAGAUUACAAACUUUCUUAAUGCUAUAUAAAAUAAUCAAAUACAUUGGAACCCUCAAUAUAACGAGGUAACCGGUAUAACGAAUGAUUUUGUUUACCCCAGUUACAGGAACUGGUAUAUGGAAAAGUACCUCUAUAUAACGAAACCUCUUUAUAGCGAGAAAAUUUUUCCAGUCCCUUAGCACGUCGUUAUAUCGAGGUUCCACUGUACACUCAGUGGAAACUCCAUUCAAGAAACUGCCUCGUUACCGAGGCAAGUGUCCCUUGAAUAAACUGCAGGUUGUCGCCCCAUGUAAGGGAAUCCGGAUUCCGGAAUCCACGAAUUUUGUGCUUGUGGAAUCCGGAAUCCUGGGCUUUGGAAUCCAGAAUCCAGCACUAAGAAUCCGGAAUCCUACUAAAGAUUGGAAUCCGGAAUCCAACUUACUAAAGAUCCACUGCAGAUUAAAUUGAGCUACUCGCUCGAAAGAAAAACCAUCAGUCUAUGGAAAGCCUCACGAGGGUAUAGACCUGAACUUGACGACAUAAUAUCGGCAUAUCUGGAGUCAAAACAAUAGUUCACGAGCUCCAUAUGAAAGGUCGAGGUCACGGUCACAUGAUUAAAAUUCUAUAAUAGCGAGGGAACCCUUGCUUAUGAGCGGCUGGAAGGAUCACAAAAUUCGGGGUUUUCAAGGGAACAGCGCAGCCUUUUUAAGGUAUAAAUUGAAUUGCUAUGAAUAACUUCGACCUCUGGCUAUGUUUGAUUCUCUGUUGUUCACUUGCUUUGCUAAACUUUAAAAGAUCAAAAGCGAUUUUAUGCGAGCUUUUUGAUCUGGCAUAGGACUGGAAAAGGUGCACCUGGGGUGAACCUUUUCUUGAACCUUCCUGGUCCUCCUGGUUCACAAAUGAAAAUAAACGUCUACGUUCAACAUUUUCAGAAAAAAAAGGAAAUUCACAGUCUCCUAGUGCCUAAUUUGGUCCUAGUAGUUUCGCUGAGAACAGUUUCAUAGUUUCGAUAAUCUUUAUUUGAGAAAUAAGCCAGGAACUGUCAGAACCGUACCAAUCAGCGCUAUCACCAAAGUAAUCACGUGCGAGGACGCGGUGGGUGCCUUUUCAUUCAUCCCCCGGCAUUCGAGUGAAAUCUCGCCACCUCUUCGAUCAGACAAGUUUGAAGUUUGUUGUUUGUUGGAUUUUUUUUAAAAAAAGACGUUGUUGGAAAGCACAAGCAAAAACGAAAGGCUGAGAGAGAAAGGUACCUGUAAUACUGUGUUGUGAAAUUUUACACCAAUUUUUAGCUGACUGCGAUAGAUCUAAACGUGCCAAAGGCAAAGCUGCAUGAUUUUUCGUUUGUGUCGAUCUAUGGACUGUGCUGAAAGUGGCGGCAAGCAAGUCACAAUCAUGAACAAAAGAAACGUUAAGUGUAUAGUUUUAAGCCCGCUGAUUGAUUUUUUUCUCAAUCAUGUGAAUGUAAUUUAAAUUUUACGUCGUCCUUGGGGAAAAUAUCGUAUACAUGAGCGCUACAUAGUUGUUAAUAAACGCUUGAAACGAUCCAACGCGUCAGAAACGCCCAAGCCUCUCUCGAUCUCUCACUUAUCUCAGACUCGAUCGAGGAUCAAAAGGACUUUUCAUGUUUUCUGGUUCUACAGUUGUGAUUAGGUCUCGUUCACAUUGAGAUCGCUUUUGGAAAUUAGACCGAUCUGAGAUCGGUUUAGCCCGUAAUUUUUUUUUCUUCGAAAUCAUCCUAGAGCCACCUAGAACGCGCUAAUAUGAAUUAAAGCUCGCGGGGGAUUUUAUAAUCUCAUACUCAGAUCUCUUACUUCUUGAUGAAGCCAAAGGCGAGAUUUGGUCAAAUCCGAUUUUGUACCCGUGAUUGCCUGUCAGAAAUGUGAAAGAGCGCACGCUUGAAAUUGAUCUCCAAGUUUUGACGUGUUAAACAACGAAUUUGAUAGAGCCGUGAAGUUUUUUCUAUCAAAACGUGGUUAUGCGCACAUCUUAAGUAUGAACCAACUAAUUUUUGUGUUUUUUUUUAUCUUUUUAACAUCAAAUUCAACCGGACAACUUGGGCCAGAUCUCGCCUUUGGCUUCGUCAACAAGAGAUCUGGGUUUCAUUGACCUCUAGGGCGAGGGGGUGGUUUGCUCCUGCAUGCGUAAGUCAAUGAAGAACAAACCAAUUCAGCUCUACAGUUUUGAUUGAACGCGGGCAAAUCAGGCUAUCUUUGACUAUUUUUUGAGCCGUUUUGUCUAUUAAGCCAAUUUUUGAAGUCGAUUUAAAUGGUUCAGCGACUAGACCAAGUAACUGAUAGUUUUGGGCUUGCAGACUUUCAAGAGUUAACUUUUUUCCUUAUUUUGACCAGUCAAAAACGUCGAGACGUGACAGCGUAAAAAUUUAUUUGGUGGAUCAACGUGGUCCAGCCACUGUCUGAAAUAUUUUUUUGAGCCAUGUUAUCAUUCUUAGACGAUUAUGUGACACAGUCAACUUUAGUCACUUUAGGGCCGCGCUGACCGGGACACCACUUUUGUCAGCUUGAAGUCCAAUUUAAUCUUCCGUAGUGCUCUUUUUAAUUGUCAAUCUUUUACUGAGUAUAUAUGCUUAUCCCGUCGUAUUUUAUUGUAUUUGGCUAAAAUUCGUGUCUUACGAGUCAUAUGAGAAAGUGUGAAAGUAAUUCAGUUAAGAAGUGAUAUCUAAUGCGCGUGUUCUACAGCUUACUGUGUCUCUAUAAAUGAAAGUGUUACAAAAGAGGCGGUAAGCGAAUUUAGUUUUUUGCGCUAUGACAAUGAUUCCAAUAAAAAGUAGAAAGAGAAGGAAAAACAAUGUCCAAAAACAUGUUAAGAAAUCAAGCUUUUCUUCGUGAUAGCUUGGAGGUGAUUAGCGAUUGGCGGCCUUUAACGUUUUGUUAAGUUAUAUUACUUCGAAAUACUGUUUUAAUGUUCCAAAAGAAUUUGCAAACAUGUUUCGACGUAGCCUGCUUCAGGCGUUCGGACAGGACAAGAAAAACUACGAAUGUAACGACAUACAAACAAUAUGAACCUUCUAUUAUAUUAUUGGUGGAUAGCAAAAGACUUGAUUAACCUUCGCUGGUUUAUGAUAUGGCAUAGAUAGGAAAAAUUGUUUUGGAGUUACACAGGAACUUUGUUAGGCGUUUUCUUGCAAAUUUCAGCUCGAUUUUUCCCUGGCAAUGACUGUACCUUUUCCCAAUACUUUAUUAUGGAGCAAUCAAAUGAAUAAACGUGAAUAUUUAAAUUUAGGAAUGAUCUGUAAGAGUUCUUUUGUUUCUGCUAAUUAGGCAUUUUGUUAUAUGCAUGACUGAAAAUAGAGUUCGCAAAAAUAGAGUAAGUGAAAAAUAGAGUCUUGAGGUCAGUCUCACUCUCUACUAAUCACUAAACCAGCUCCGAGAUCCUCCAUCCCUAAUCAUAUGGAGAUUUGGACUAGAUUAAGCGAAGGACAAAAUUUAAAAUUGCGAUGUCGGUGUUUCGCCACUUUUUUUUUGCGGUGAUGCGAUGUUUGUUUUUUUUCCCGCGGUGUUGCGGUGUGGACAGUCCCCCAAUGUCCCCCUCAUUAUUAUACCUUAAACCCUUACGGAACAGUAAAACAUUUCUUCACGUAAUUUAUAAAUUGAAAAAGAAAACAAACUUGUUAUUCAUUCUAAACAACGUCUUUUCAAUAUAGCAAGAUUCGAACACGAAAACGAAAUGCGAAGAAAAGCAUUACAACAGAAAAAAAAUUUUGGAAUCCAGCCCUUUUUGGAAUCCGGAAUCCACUGAGCUGGAAUCCGGAAUCCAGUACUCGGAAUCCGGAAUCCACAGGGUGGAAUCCAGAAUCCAAGACUGUCAUGGAUUCCCUUACAUGGGGCAAAGGUUGGGCUGGGGUUUGUCAAUAAAUAAUAUAUUUUUUCUUUUAUUCUUCCUCGGAAUCUGUUGUUAGUAGUUAUUAUUUCAAGCAGCUCGAUAAUUUAUUAAAAACAGUGAUUAAAUUAUCUCUGCGAUGGUGUAUGUUGAAUUUCCACAAGUGCAGUACAUCGAUUUAGGUGCGAUAGUUUAUGUUUUGAAAUCUGUCGCCAUUGUGACUAGUGUACACUCUUGCGCUCUGAUUAAUGAUUUUUGCGGCCAGUUACGUUUUGGGUGCUAAGAUGUCCCCUGAAUGGAGAUAAACUUGGAUUUCGGGACCCACAAAAAGUCUCCCUUUCCACUGAAGAGAGGUGUCUCUUCAAUAAAGCAAGUAACAAAUACAAAGAUUAUGAGAACAUUUAUCCGGGACAAAAAUUUUGUGUCCCCUGAAUGGGGGGGGGGAGUCCCAAAGAAGAGGUUCCACUGUAUUAUUAUUAUUAUCAAAAACUUUUGAAACAAAAAAAAAAAGAUGUUGGGUGACAUAGCUCGGCUAGAUAAAAAAAAUUGCCUCACAAUUUGAAGAAAGGUGUGAACAACACCGCAAAUACAAAAUAAGUUUCAAAGGACAAAAUUUGAAGACGAUUAACAGAGAUGGUAAUUGGUGUUUAGAUUAACUGCAUGUUCAUUCUAACAGCUUAAGUUAUCUCUGUUGUUUAUAGUUUGAAAUUUUAGAAGUAGAUAUAGGUUUAAUGUGAUCGUUCGGAUGAGCGUAGUCCUAUAUAAGACUGUUGUUGACAGUGACUGCGGUUUCGACAACCUGUGUGGUAGUCAAGAGUUGUAUCAUGUCAGUUGAAGGUAUUCUGGUUAUUGGCCUGACUGGUCAAUUAGGUUCAAUUAAUAAUGCUUGAGAGCGAAGCCGUAAUUUUAUCUGAUUUACAAUUUCUUCGCGCAAAUUAACGUUAACUACCAUGCACAGCAAGUAGCAAUACUUAACAGAAUAGUACAGACUUAGCCUGGUAAAACAGCAAGCAUUUCGCGACGCCAUCGCCCUGGUUUCCCCGCGAGGCUAUGUCUGACGGAAACGAACGAAGAAAUUUUAUAAUGAUGCGUCACUACCCAGGACUGGGCAGUGCUUCUGAUUGGUUAAAGCAAAUUUCCCACGCGGCACUACCAAUCAGAGGCACUACCCAGAUCUGGGUAUAAAAUUUCUGAGCUGCGCUCGUUUUUCAGACUACCCUGCCAGCAGUGUGUGGUCAGACGUCAUUUCGUGGCGAAACCAGUAGUGGUGUCGCGGAAUGUCAUGAUCAGCUGUUUUGUCAGGCUAGUAUGGACAGAAUUAUCUCAAGCUGAACCAUGCGUUGCGUUGCUUUGCUAUGAACAGCUCAAAACCUGUUGAGACAAGGAAAAGUGGUGGCCGAGGGAGCCUGGGAAGAGCACGAGCAGUUAAGAGGAGGAAGGUGAGCGACUAAGAAUUUAGAUUCCCCGAUUUUCAUCUUUAUGGUGCGGGUAAGAAGGGAAAUUGCGGAAAGGUUAAAAAAGUAGGGAGCGGGAAAGAAGGUGCAGCGAAAAAUCUCCCCGAUUCCCGUCUGGGUUACGAGUAGGUAUCUCAACUUCCCUUACAGGUUCGGUAAAUUUCUUUGUCUCACAGCUGACAUUUUUCACCCGAAAGAAGAUGUCAAGGAUAUUCGUAGUCGAAGAGUAAAGUUCAUGGUUGACUCUGGAAGCGAUAUAGUGACGUUGACCGAUAAUAUCAUUGAGGAGUUGCAUCUGCCUAAAAUUGGCUGGUGCGAGCAGGAGGGAGCCGAUGGAAUCAAACAAAAAAAGCCCUUCUACAGCGCUUGCCUUGGUAUAGGAGAGAAGAAGAUAAAUGUUAAGGUACGUGUUGCUUUGACGUAUUGAUUUGCAGAAAUGGGGGUGAAAGACAAAGUCAUUCAUUCAAAAUAUUUCUCCAUUUCUGGAAGGCUCAAAUCAGUUAGAGUUGACCACAUUUGCAAGACGUUUACGAAAUUUGAGCAAUGACGACAAUAGCACAGCGUUAAUGCCAGAAAAUGGACGGCACCCGAGAAGCCCCGGAGACGAAGUUGUUUAGGUACAGCAAAAACAAAGUGGCGGAACUUUUUACACGUUUGGCGAAGACGAAAUAGCUAAACGUUUAUAGUACUGUGCAAAGACACACUGCUGCUCUACUAAAACAGCAGUCAGUGAGCUAACCAAUCCUCGUUCCCAGGGUGUCUUGGUUGCUGUGCUUUCUCUGUAGUUACCCAGCACCAUUUAUGUCCCCGACGUCUACAAAAUGGUUUAACGCUAGCUAGUUACAGUCGCCUCUUGUUUGGGUUAGCAGAUGAUUCAAGAGUCAAAGCUUACAUCUUUUCUAUGGCUGCAUAUUAUGUCAUGAAAAAAAAAACUGAUUUAAAUCUAUUAUAAGAAAGCUUUAAUAUUGAUGUAUUGAAAGUAUUGAAAAUGAUGUUUCUUGUUAGGUAGUUCAAGAUCCAAAAGUAAACACUUUGGGAACCCCAGUGAUGCGCGAAUUUUGUCAUCGCAUUGAUGAGGAAAAACAUUUUUGGCUCACUAAGGAUGUCGCCUAG